AGCUGUCAGCUGGACUCCACGCCUCCUCUGCCGAUGGCGUGUUUGGAGUAACCUGUCUUCCCCCGUGUGCACAUGUAGUCAGACCUGCUGCUGUGUCUCUGUCCCUACGUGUUGUUUCAGCCAUGUCUGUCGUCAAAACGAGUUUAAGACUGUUUGUGUUCGCCGUAGUCACCGUCCUAGCCGUGCUGCUGCUGCGGCACUGGAUGGCCACCAAGCAGUACGUUUUCAACAAAGAAGACGUCGCCAAAUUGGCCAAACAGUACGCAGGGCAGGACCAUGAGCAGGCCUUCUCUAAAGUGGUGGUGGAGCUCAGGAAGAGAUAUCCUGGCCACAUCCUGCCAGAUGAGGACCUCCAGUGGGUGUUUGUGAAUGCUGGAGGUUGGAUGGGCUCCAUGUGUCUGCUCCAUGCUUCGCUUACAGAGUACUUGCUGCUGUUUGGUACUGCAGUGGACACAGGAGGACACUCAGGUCGUUACUGGGCUGAGAUUUCUGACACCAUCAUCUCUGGCACCUUCAGACAGUGGAAAGAGGGGACAACCAAGAGUGAAACUUACUACCCUGGUGACACCAUCGUACACGGUGUAGGUGAGGCAACGUCAGUCCAAUGGAGCGCAGGGACAUGGAUGGUUGAAUAUGGCAGAGGUUUCAUUCCCUCCACGCUGGGAUUUGCUCUGGCUGACACCCUGUUCAGCACCCAGGACUUCCUCACAAUGUUCUACACUGUACGUGUUUACGUCAAGGGUCUGCUGCUGGAGGCUGGUACACUACUUACAGACGCUGGAGUUUUCUGAGGCAUGGUUGAGGCUCGGAGACCUGCACAUGGACAUCAGAAGUUCGCCUUGUCAUGCCAUUUUACCCCUGACCACUAAAAUCUAGCAUGGGGUGAAAUCUGUGCAGAAUAAUUCCAAGUUCAAAUAUUAAAGAAUUUUUACCUGAAAUUGUAGACAAUGCAAGUUUGCUCCAGCACAGCUGAUCCCGUCAUCAUUCAAGUUCUCUCCCCUCAUAAAGGCUUCACAAAAGAAGGUGUUCGACUCCACCUCAACUAGUAGUCUUAACAUUUACUCUGUGAUGUCAAUUUGCUGUACUACUCAAUCAAUACCACCUGAGAACAUAUCAUUCUGAAUCUAAGCCAUCACAUAGUCCCUCAGUGAUACUCAACAUCUUAAUCCACACAAUAAGCAUUCCCAAGAGAGCACAAACUGCCUAAAUAGUCAGGUACCCAUGAAAAUAGACAUUAUCCAAUUUAGGAUCCAGUUUAAGGAAUUGAGGCCUAAAGACCUUACAACUACUCCUGCCAAAUCUGAGAUUCUUCUGAGAAAAAUAAGGCAAUAAAUGUAACCAGGUUUAACUUUUUCAGCAGCCAACAACAUUUACAAAUAACUAAAUAUCAGAAAAUAUAAGUUCAAACUGGUUGUUGUUGCACAUUUGGGGACCAAGGAAAUACUUUAAAAACGAAUAUGCAAUGCUUAAUUUGGCUUGUAAAACAAACACAAAAUAUAUAAUGAAAUGCCAAAGCCACUGUUUUCUUAGUUAAUACUCAUUUCAUAUUUAUAUGCAUGUGGAUUCUCAGUAAAUGAGGAACUUGUUUGAAUCUAGCUUUACGAAGAUCUGCCUCACUGAUGUGUUGGUACUAUAUAUUUUUAGAAAAUGUUGAUGGGGUGAUAUGUUGAAGAAACCUGCCUGGAUGAUGUGUGUGUAAUGUCCCAUCUUGGCCAAAUAUGAGCCAUUUUCAGAUCCGUACCAGCUCAGAGACAGCAGUGUUUUUAAUGAUUAUAGUUGUUCUCAACUAUUUCAGAUCUACUGUGCAGCAAUACAUUUAUUUCAGUGGAGCAAUUUUCACGUUUCUCCUUUUUCUUUCAUUUUACAAUCCCAACAUUUUUAUCUCAAUCCGUAAGGGUCAAAUCCUGUUUUUUUUCCCUCCCAAACCUUCUAUAGAAGUUAUCAGUUAAGUCUAAUUAUAUUUGUAAACCUAGACUUUUUUUUUAAACUAUAAUGCAAAAACUUACACCACAAACUUUAGUAACUUAGACCUCUGCUGUGUUAUACUGUAAUUGUACAUAUUUCAUUCAUUCAUUUAAUUGGAUGGAUCAAAUUUGUAAAAUGACCUCAUUCAAAAACUGGUUUUAUGAUAUUAAAUAGACUUGGCACAAUAUCUUUUUUGAAAAUGUAACUGUAGAGAUAAACUUGAAUGAUUUUGACUAAUCUACAUGGCUACAGUUUCUUUGCACUAGCCCCACAGGGCAAAAACAAAGCACUAUCCACAGACCUUGUCCUCUACAGUUCCACAUUUUAAUAUAGUACUGAGCAGAAAAUCCAUCUGGAAAUCUUCUUAGUGAAAUUGUACUGUAAAAACAAAUCACUGCUGCUGUAUCUCCCAUUUCCAGAUAAAACAGCCUUAUUCUCGGACUGAUGCCUGAACCCAUCAAUGACCACACAGGGUUUCCAUGGGAGUGAAAAUAUACAGUAAAAGAAACUGAAAGAUGGACAGAACACCUGUUACUGUACCUUAAAUGCUGAUGUGCAGAUGUGCAAUUUACUGUAAGGUGAAAACUGACAGUGCCAGAAGAAAUAAAUGUUUUUG